GUCGCUCCUCGACCCCGGGUUGGAAAUCGUAAAAGCUCUGGCCGUAGAGAACCCCCCUUUCCUCCGCGCCGAUGUUCUCCGCUGUUCGAUCCCGAGCCCUGGGCCGAUGGCGCCCGCCGCCGCAGCUUCUUCCGCGCCUCCUCUCCUCCGCCGGCGCCUCGUCGGCUCGGCCGGCGGAGCUUAUCGAGCUCUCGGAGGUGGAGAAGGUGCUGCACGACGUCCGGGCGGGGGACGUGCGUGUGUUCCCCGUCGGUGAGGGCGGGCUCCACGGCGGCGCUUGUGCGGACUACAUGGUCGUCGCCACCGGCCGCUCCGACUGGCACGUCCGCAACAUCGCACAGGCCAUACUCUACAAGAUAAAGCAGAAACAGAAGGGUUCUAAUCGAAUAUUGAUGCCUAGUGUGGAAGGCCAGCAAGCUGGAAAGUGGGUUGUCAUUGAUUCUGGAAGUAUCAUCAUCCAUGCGCUUGAAGAAAGAGCAAGAGAGUAUUAUGAUUUGGAAAGUAUUUGGACAAAGGCGGUGUCCCCUAACAUUUCUGUUCAGGAGUUGGAGACCUCACUUGUGAAGACACGCCGCAGGGACCUGUCGCAGAAACCCAUGAAGAGCAUUUGAGUUAAAUGUGCUGCGGCCAUGAUCCAUCAUCUGUAGUGGGUUUGUUAGGUUGGCAGCGUCAAGCUUGUUUGUGUCAAGAACCUUGAAGGAUGAUAGGUUUGCAAGGCUGCUUGUGAAUGAGACCGUCUGGAUUCGUGACACCAUGACGUCUCUGUCAAGUUUGCUCCUGUUAUCUUUUAUCAUUUCGUCGUUUGCAAGUUCAAGCCAAGAUUGUGGGCAUUUUUUGUUUCUUUCAUUUUGUUAUUCACCCCUUUCUUGGAUAGUAAUCAUAAUACUAUACUAUGUGGAAGCCAAGGUAACACAUUGGCCAAUUUAGGGUGUGUUUAUUUGGGCUGCAA